CAGAUAUCUUGAACGGAAGGCACAAUGCUGCGAACGGCGGUUAUUUUAAUAAUUUUAUUAAAUUUUAUAGUCGCGUACUGUUCCGUUCUGGUGCCUGUUAAAACUAUUGAUUCACCGUCGAUACCAGUUGGAGAAAAACACGUAGUGCCCGAGUCAAAGGGAAAUGGGAAAAAUGUAUUGCAAAAAACUUUCCUUUUUAACGGUAGUUACGUGUAUCUGGAGGAUGUGUUGUUUGUUUUGAAAAAUCAAAAUUGGACUGAGGAAGAACAGCCAUGCUUAAAGAGAACUGUGUCGUUAUUGAGAAAUUUGCAAAAUUUCACGCUAUGGGCGGCGUGGAAUUGGGACUCCAUAGCUUCUGAGCCUCAAGGUCUACUCUACGGAAGCCGUUUCCAUCUUGGCAACUACGAUGAAUGCAUGGACGCUCCAUGGUACAAAGAUCAUGAGGAACUCAGGUCGCAAUACUGCUUGGCUGAUAUCGUUUUGGAGAGAACGGAUAAAGCUGUUAAGAAACGUGCACACGACCCGUACGAUCCUUAUCAAUCCGCUCUCAACUUGCUGGAGCAUCAAUCGUACUUUCUGCGUCCACUAAACCGGCUCACAUGGGGGAUGUGUGUGCCUGAUAUAUGCCAAAAGGAAUCCGUGGCGCGUCUUAUGGGUAUUCUGCUGGCCCACAGCCAUCUGGGUGCAGCUGGAUUAAAGGCAAACGUAGCUGUCAACAGCUGUGAUAAGGCGAACGAGCCUGUGCAUUAUGAUGCUUUAUUUUAUGCUUUCUUUUUAGUUUUUGGUGCGCUAACAGUAAUCUCAGUGGUGUGCACCCUAUUAAACAAAAAAGAUUUAAAUAAAAGAAUUUUAAUAAUAACAAAAGCAUUUGAUCUAAAGGACAAUGCUUUGGAUCUAUUGAAAAUCAAAAAAGAAGGUAUUGAAGUAUUAUAUGGGAUACGAUUUUUCACAAUGGUCAUUAUCGUAAUUAAUCAUCAAUUUGGAAUCACGAAUGGUGGCCCAAUCAGCAACGGUUACAGAGUCGAUGAGGAUAUAGUUUCUUUUAUUGGAAUGUUUCUUCUACACGAUGACGUCAUGGUGGAUUCUUUCUUUUGGUUGUCUGGAUUUUUGACCGCCAACAUUAUAACAAAGGUGAAAGGAUCUCUUAAUCUACCAGUCUUUCUCUUGAGGAGAUAUGUCAGGUUAGCGGUAGCAUAUGCAGUGACUAUAUUCUACAUUUGUUCUGUUUACCCCUACUCCGGCUCCGGACCUCUGUGGAAGAAGGCAAUAAGUCAGGACACAGACCAAUGCCGGAAGAACUGGUGGGCUAGUCUACUCAUGAUUAGCAAUUACUUCGAUACUGAAAAUAUUUGUCUAGUAGUUAGCUGGUAUAUUCCGUGUGAUUUUCACUUUUUCGUGGUGACUCUGUUAGCCUAUUGGCUGUACAAAAACAACAAAUUGACAGGACAAAUAGCUGCAGUUUUGCUGUCGGUUGCAGCAAUUAUGUCACCUGGGAUUGUAAACUAUUUAUAUAAUCUGCCUCCUAUACAACUCUUCACGUUCGAUUUCAUAUCAAAUCCAAGAGGACAAAAGCAAUUUCAUCUUACAUACAUAAAGAGUCACACGAGAUUCGCUGCUUACCUCAUCGGGUUCUUUAGCGGCUACAUUUUUGUACGAUAUUACACAAUGAAAAACAAAAGAAUAUCGCAGAAAUGGUCGCUAAUAGGCAUGCUCACAGGAAUCACACUUAUGAUAGCAGUAUUAUUCUCCGGACCUCCAUACUUGUGGCGACAAUACACAGUGCUUGAGAGCGCAAUUUAUGCAGCAUUGAACCGACCAGUGUGGGCCUGUGGUAUUUCCUUUAUCGUCUUGAGUUGCGCGUUUGGAAAUGUUCUUAAUAGGAACACAAUUGUUGCGGGUGACAUAAAUGAACGUGACACAGAAUGGUCAGCGUUGUCUCGUCUCAGAGCAUUGAUAAAAAGCUUUUUUUGCUGGCACGCGUGGGUGCCUCUCAGCCGCUUGGCCUACGGACUGUAUUUGACUCACUCAUUAAUUAUUGCCAGAAAUGUUUAUGUCACCAGGAAUAUGCAACAUAAUGAUUAUGUGACUAUGUUAACAAUGAGUGGAGGGGUGGUGGUGGAAGGAUUAAUUGCCUCCUUCCUUAUAUGGAUUUUAGUUGAAGCACCGAUCAACAACCUUCUUGCUGUUUGUUUACUACCGAGGAGAGAACCCUCAACGACCGAAGAAAAAAACGAACAAAAUCAAGGCCAUCUCCAGGAUAAUCUACCGCCAGUUGUACAAAUCGAUUCAUCGAAAGUUUGAAAAUGCUAGGAGUUAAACUGAAUAAUAACCCCUCGGUAUUAUUCUUCCUGUCAUCUCAUGUUACUUCUCCUGUAUAAGACUGUUUUAUAAUUUUGUAAAGAGAAAGAAGUAUUUAGCAUAAAAAGUUUUCAGCUAUAGGUAUAGAAGUUUCAACUAUAAACGUCGUCGUAAGAGAGUAGAAUUAUAAACAUUUGAUUGCAACUUAAAAGAAAACCUACAGAUGUCCUUGAGACUUUGAUGUGCGUCAGUCGUACUUUUCACAGUAUAUUAUCGCCUUUUGGGGAAAACAUGUUUUACUUUAAAUCUACCUAUAACUAUCUUAAUGCCAAAUUUUAUCAAUACCGAUUAUUAAG